AUGAGCGAAUCACAGGAGGACGAUUUGCUGAGCAGCAUCAGCAGCUCUGCUGCUGACGACAGCAGCAGCAGCAGCAGCAGCAGCAGCAGCAGCAGCAGCACGCAAGGAAGAUGUUUAAGCGGAUCGUCUCUUUGUAGUUUAUAUGCUUCUCUGUCUAGACACUCCUCCUUGCUGCAGGAGCAAGCAGCAGCAGCAGCAGCAGCAGCAGCAGCAGCAGCAAACAGCAGCGCGCUGCAGCGCAACCUCAAGAUUGAUAGAGACUUACUGGAGGCAAUGGCCCCACAGGAUACAUACGCGACGAGCGACCAACGGAGGGAAGCAGUAACAUUGCAUAUAACAAAGAAGUUAUUACGUUACCUGGAGCGUCGUGCUGCUUCUGCUGCUGCUGCUGCAGCAGAAGCAGCAGCAUCAGGAGAUACAGAAGGUGCAGCAGCAGCAGCAGCAGCAGCAAGAAUAUGUAUGUGGGACCUUGUUAUAGACCCUAGAGAAGAAUUAGGGUUUACGUUUUCUUGUCUAAGGAUUUUUUCCUUAACAAGUUUAUUAAGACAAGGAAAAAUAUCUAUUGCUGCUGAUGAUCAUGGUCUACUUACUGUACAGGCAACAUCGCCGCCUAUUACAACAAUUCCCAGCAGCUGCUGCAGCAGUAGUAGCAACAGCAGCAGCAACAGCAGCAGCAGCAGCAGCAGCAAGGUGGAGACUAGCCAAGCAGUAUUGUCUCCUUUUACGAUUGAUGCUUGGAGACAGUUAAGAGACGCAUUGGGUCUCUCCCCUAAUGAUAAACCCUUGGCAGACACUGAUGAGGAAGAAGAAGAGGAGUAG